AUGACGCAGCCCGCAGCCCGAACCGUAAUGCAAGAAGUAUCGCCCAAGCUGGCCGAGCUGUCCGCCGACGUGCUGUUCGGGGACGUUUGGGAGCGACCGGAGCUGUCCAAGCGGGACCGCAGCCUGAUCACCGUUGCCACGCUGACCGCGCUUUACCGCACGGACCAACUGCGCGGCCACAUCGGCCGUGCCCUGGACAACGGCGUGACCCGCGACGAGAUCUCCGAGGUGAUCACGCACAUGGCGUUUUACGCCGGCUGGCCGGUGGCGGCCAACGCGGUGCGAAUUGCCAAGGAAGUUUUUGAAGAACGCGGCGUCUAG